UUCCAUGGCAUUUGAUAAUCCCGAGAGCCACUUCAUUUGGUUUGUUUCCCGUGACCUAAAACAUCUGUUAUAUCCUACGCAGACAUCCCAUUAUUUUAAAGGUUCCUUAUAGCUUAAAUUCUUGUAUAACUUGGUGCUGUUUUAUAUUGAUUCGACCUCUCCUCUGCGCCUAUCUCGCUUCUGCUUCCACCCUUCGUGUCAUCAGUGGAGUGUCCAUGGAAUUGGAAAUUGCAUUCAGAUUCAGACUCUUAGCACAAUGAGGGACUGGGACUGGGACUGGAACUUGGACUGCGACGGCACCUUGGACGAACUGAACAGAACAGAACAGAACGAAAUGGGCAGAGUGCAAAUUGUUCCGAGUACUGAUUGAAGGGCAAAAGCAAUGGCAUUGCCAUCGAAAUAUUUAUACAAUAUGCAUGACCAGGUGUCAAAAGCAGACGAAUGUCCCAGCAGAAGGAGGCCCACGGAGCAGGGGUAGGAGGACUAUUCCAUUGGAUUGUGAAUUGCUCGGGUUGUGCAUUUUAUGGAGGUCUGCCGCCAGCCAUAUGGUAAAGCGACCUUACAACAGGACAGGCGGUAACAGCGUCAGGCAGAACACGUGUUUGGAUUAGGGGAAAUGCCAGAAAUUAAAAAGCAAUCAGGGCAAAACCCAAAUGACACUGCCCCAUCAUCGGAAGGCUGCUACCUUCUGCCUCCUACCUGCAGUGCGUGUGCGUAAAGUGGGUUGGUUGGGUCACAGGUCCCAGGUCACAGGCCACAGGUCAAGGAAGGUAGGAUAAUCCACCCUACCUGAUGCAGCAUAUAUAAACCUCAGCGAGAGGAGCGUCCAGCAUCAGUUGCACAGCAAACAGCAAAGCUACAACACAUCGAUAGAUCAAAAUCGACUCGAAAGCAAAAGCCAUGGCCACCACCUACAUUUCCACACAAUUCCUGAGCCUCAACGAGAAGGUCUCAACGUCGACUUCCACGACGACCUAUACCCUGGAUGCGGCGCGCUUUGGCCAGCGUGAUCUGAAUCUCUUCAUCGAGAGCCUGGAGACCAUCUCCCGCCUGGAGAGGGAGCGGCACGAGCGUCGCCAGCGAAGACGCCAACAGAAGCUGCAGCAGGCGCGCAUCGCCGAGCUGGAGGAUGAGCGGUGUGCGAGUCCCACACCCAGUGCGGAGGAGGCCAUUGAUGAGCCACUGAUGUACAUGGAGGCCAAGUGCAUACCCUACGCGGUGUCCGAGGCAAUGCCCGCGGCGCACAAGAGCAGCCACCUGCCGCCCGACUAUUACUCCUGCGACGAUGAGGCGUACGGCAGUGCUGCCCACUCGCCCAGGAGCAGUGUGACCUAUUGCUCCUGCGGCGGACUCUCCAGCAUCAAUUCUGGCUCCUCAGAGUCUGGCAUCUAUGGCGCCGUCUCCCAGUCGCCGCCUCCGCUGCGUCCCCGCUCCCAGGUGAUCACACAGCCCAAGCAUCGAUCCACACGUUCCCGCAUCAUCAGCAUGGUCCUCAAGCGGGAGUACGUGAAGGCGCCCUCCGCCGAGCACCUCGAGCAGAAAGAGCGCUGCGAUCGGCUGCUGACUGAGACCAUACAGCACCAGUACCAGCUGUCCACCAAGUCCCGACAGGCCAUUGCCUGCAGCGAGGGCUCCGCCGAGGAGCGCUUCCUCGACAAGGCACUUCGCUACCUGACCUUGUGAUUGCGAUCGAUUUCGGUAUUC